AUGAGUAGUGUGGUUAAUAAAAGUGGGACGCGUUUCGCCCCAAAAAUUAGGCAGCGCAGACCAGUGGUUAGUGCACCAGAGCGAGCCAAGACUCUUGGAACCUCAAAUGACAAAGCUAACGAAGCUGCGUCUGCAGAAAGCGAAGGAAACAUUGAGAAGCCUGAAUCAGAAAAGCCGCAACGCCGCGAUGAACUUGACCCCUUGAGCCAAAGCACCACAAAGGGCUUAGACGAAGAAAUUGGAUCCACCCAGGCUAGCCCCCCAGCCUCCUUGCCCCCAGGCCAGAGGAGGCGCUCGAGUCGUCUAGAUUCACUAAGCGGGGCAAACAAUAUGUUCAAAUCAGGUUUUAUGGAACCGUCUCAGACUGCCGCUCCUAGCGGAGCGGAAACCGCUAAGAACCGUAGACUAUCAACCAUUACUGGAAACCAGGGGAAAAAGAAGAGAAUGAGUAGUAUCUCCGAGUCAGAUACAUCUUUUCAAGCCAUAAAGAAGAGAAGAAUGUCUUCUAGGUCAUCCAUAUCUCGAAAGACAGGAUCCGCGCAAAGGAUUAGUAUCUUAUCUCAUAUGAAUAACAUGGACGAACACUUAGCAUCUGCCGAUGCAGACGAUGAAAACCUAAAGAAUGAGACCAAUGGUGAUCUGUUUCAGCGUACUGACAAUUUGUACGAGAAGUACACCAUCUCGAAUGCGAAGGAAAUACCGAAAAAUAUAGCAGAUGGAGACUCUUCCCGAUAUAUGGUAGACGAAGACAGCUUCACUAUUGCUGAUCUAUGCAAACCACACCUACCAAUUGGUGAAACAUCGGACAACUUUCAGCGAGCACAAGAAGCUAUAAAAGCGAAACAAGAGACAAGGAAAAAGAGAAGGAUUUUGAGAGCUAGAGCCCGCGAGAACUUCAAGCCUUUGAGCGAGUUAAACAAGGAAGAAGCAGAGCGGUUGCUGGAGAGCCGUAAAAAAGCUGCUGAGGAAAUAAUGAAUGCUGAUAUUCCUGAAGCAGACCAAAAACAUGCAGCGAUUCAGUUACGCAUGAAGUCAGACGGCACUUUCGCUGUCGACGAAGAGUCCACAGUAGUAGACAGACAUAAAAAUGCGACUUUGGAGCACGCCCACAAACUUCGACUGGACGAAAAUCCUUUUGAAAAUUUGUUCAACUCGGCGACUUACGGCCGACAGCAAUAUACGGACCCGUGGACUGUAGAUGAGCUUUUGAGAUUCUACAAGGCCUUGUCGAUGUGGGGCACAGACUUUAACCUAAUAUCACAAAUGUUUCCAUACCGGACAAGACGGCAGAUCAAAGCCAAAUUUGUCAACGAGGAAAAGAAACACCCCGUGAUGAUUGAACUGGCAUUACGUUCAAAACUUCCCCCAAACUUUGAUCAUUAUUGUACAGAAAUCCGCAAAGAGCUCAUAACGCUAGAAGACUUCAACACAAAGCUCCAGGGUUUGCAGAAGGAACACGAAGAACAUUUGAAGCAAAUCGAAGUCUCAAAGCAAAGCGCGAAAGAAGAAGACUUACAAAGCCAGAAAGCUAAAGAACUUGACAAUGUUAAUAAGAAGGCUUCUGGUGGCCUAAGGCAAGAUCAGCUUAACGCAUAUAGAAAGACUGAAGUUGUGCUGGGUACAAUAGAUCAGAUGAAGAGACAUAGGGCUCAGGAGCCUCAAGAGGUAACUGGCCCCUAA